ACAGAGAAAAUUACCAUACAGCCAUCGCCGUCACUGCUCUGCUUCAGGAGACUUCACGUUCCAUUUCCGCGAUUUGGGCACUCCUCUCGCGACCGACAGCGCGUCCGGCGAUCGAUCGAGCUCACGGUAUCUUCCUCGUCUCACUGCUACCUCUUCUACGACUCUUGGAGGAAUUACUGUUUGUCUUGAUGAAUUUGAGCGAUCUGGUGCUUUGAGUCGCUAAUAUUUGGAUUUAGUCAAUUGUUCGAUCUAAGACUUGCGACAAUGGGAGAUGCAGAAGAUGCCCUACCUCCAUCCAAGAAGAGGGUUGCUGGGAGACAGCUUACCAAGGACGACCCUGAUCGGGAUGAUGAUGCUCCUGACUUGGAGAUGGGUACAUUUAAAAAGGCCACUGAGGAAGUGAUGGCUACCAGAAGAAUCGUGAAGGUCCGUCGCAGUCAGCCUGCACCAGCUGCUUCUUCGAAUCCUUUUGCCGGAAUCCGCCUAGUUGCUUCUUCGGACACUAGUAUAGAAGCAAAGAAAUCUAUGGAUUCUUCUAAAACUGAUGGCUCAACACCACAAGAUGAAGAACAAGGUGAAUCUAAUGAGAACAGUGCUGUUGGAAAUGUUGCUAAGGGAACUGAAAUUGCUGUUAAUUCUGACAAUAUCGAGGGUGCAGAGAAGAAUGGUGAGAAACCAGAUAAAUUUUCUGAACCAUUAUCAGAUACUGCUGACGAUAAGGAGAAGAAUAUUCCUGUUGCAGAGGAAGUUCGACCUGAGGAAACCAGUAAAGCUGAAAAAAAUGGCAGAGAGAAAACUGACAAUGAAUCUGUAAAAGAAAGAAUCGAAGAUCAACAGGAAGAAAAUGGAAAGGAAGCUGAAGAAACAGAGGGGGAUGCUGGACAAAAUGUUGAAAAUGCAGUCGAAGAAAGUGAUAAAAAAACUGCGACAAAUGAUCCGAAAGAGCCAGCAGCACCUGCUGCACCUCUGAGUUCAUUCCAACAAUUAUCAAGCAGCCAAAAUGCCUUCUCAGGGCUCAUUGGAACUGGAUUCUCAACUUCAUCUUUUGCCUUCGGCUCUUCUGUUUCAGGGCUUGCAGGAACUGGAAUCUCGACCUCUUCUUUUACAUUUGGAUCGCUAUCCAAGGAAGGAUUCUCGUUUGGAACAUCUCCAGGAACGACAUUUAGUCUCUCUACUGGGUCUACAAAUGGGGGGUCUUCCUUUCCGUCGUCGCUUGGCACUACACCAGAUACCUCUAAAAGUGUGAAACUGUCAAUGCAAGAGGUCCCUCUAGAAACAGGCGAAGAAAAUGAGAAGGCGGUUUUCACUGCUGAUGCGAUAAUGUACGAGUACAUGGAUGGAGGCUGGAAGGAAAGGGGGAAGGGAGAGCUUAAACUGAAUGUCUCAGUAUCAGAUGUCGAAAAGGCAAGGCUUGUCAUGAGAGCCAAGGGGAAUUUUCGACUGAUCUUAAAUGCAAGCAUUUACCCAGACAUGUCUCUCACCAACAUGGACAAGAAAGGAAUCACCUUUGCUUGCGUUAACAGCGCGGGGGAAGGGAAAGGCGGCCUAAUCACGGUGGCGCUCAAGUUCAAAGAUAGCAGCAUCGUGCAAGAGUUUCUCGAAUCAGUCUCGGCACACAAAGGGAAUAAAGCCUCUACUUCAGAACCCACAAAGGAUGCAGAUUAAGCAACCAGGAGUCAUCAAAGAAAAGUUUCGAAUUCUCAGAAUCGACACCGGCGGUGUCUCACUGUUACCCCUUUAGAACUUUUUGAUCGAUUUGUUUAAGUCCGCAAACUGUUGCGUUAUUCUCCGCGGACCGCCCGUCGACUAUGUCAUUUGCCAACUCUCGUCUAUGAGCUGAAACUUGAAGAACAAUACAGUUAGCCUUAUCUUCCCACA